GCUGAACAAUGCUAACGAGAUAAAUAUGGGAGCGCCAGACCUAAGGAGUGUUUUCACUCAGAAAGUAACGUUAACAGGUAAAAUGCUUCAUGGCCUGUGCCUGUUGUAAUUUACACAACUUUUACUCCAGAAUGUGGAGAUUCUUUGACCCAAAUAUGAACCCACUUGCAAUGGGAUUUGAGCGAAAGGCACGCACUUUUAAAAGGAUUAUUAACUCGUUUAACCUCUGGGGGAUUCUUGUUUGGCUUCAUAUUUUUCCAGAAAUGUUUUAUCGUGUAUGUCUAGCUUUAGCUGACAACUGCUUUUAUAAUUGUAAUUGUCAGGGUUUCUACAAAAUGUAUGUAUUUUGUGAUCCUGUGGCGGGUUUUAAAACUCUUUAGCUGGAUAGUGGGUCGGAGACUAGUUCACCUCGACCAGCAGCCCUUAACAAAGAUGAUUAAAUUGUAAUCUUUUCAGAUGUAUUUAGCAGACAGGAAACAUUGUAGCACUCCACUGCAGUCUGUCAGGCGUAAUGGGAUGCUGUCGCAUGAACGGUCCAACAGAGACCGCCAUUGUUCCUCUAUAACUGCGUAUCUUCUCUCCACACGUCCUCCAAUGAGAGCGACGUGUCGUGAGCUUUGACUGAGAAGAAGCGAAAACCACAGCAAGCGAGUCGCCGAUCACACAACCCGGUCAAUCGACCGCGAGAGUGAGAUGAAGGAGCGUGACUCUCGUACGGAUUAAAAGCGACGCGUUUGUGAUCUUCACACGAUCAUUUGCACGGGGCACCGGAAACCGUCGUCUGAUUGGAAUUGAUAAAGAGUAAUUCAGCGCACCGAUCACCCCGAUAAUAUACGAGGACUAUGAUACAGACGCUGGAGAGGCCGUCCACACGAGCCUAAUGAGUCGGGUGUGGAACCCCUAGUGCGGUCCGGCUCCUUUCUGCGUUCAUCUAGUGCACCGUGGCGUCCCCUAAAGGAAUAUGUCCGCAGCACAGACGCAAAAUGAUCAGGAGCAGCGAUGGGGCUGUCUGGAAUCUCUGGGUCUCAGCCAGAGGGAACUGGUCCUAGCAGAAGCACUCCAGAUGGAGUAUGAUGCCCUCGCCCUCCACCGGCAGGACAAGGGCCCGGCGAGUACACUACCCCCAGACACCAGAAAAUCAUCUCCAUCGAGGAGCGAGCCCUCUUUGCCCAGACGUGUUCCAAGCCCUCCUUGGAAUAACUGUCAGCAGGGCGUGUCAGGAUCGGAUCCUGCGCUCAGCCAAGUUCAACCCGAGGUGUCAAACUUAUCGAGAUCGGGAGAAGAGUUUAGUAAGGAACCUCGAUACAUCUUAGAUGAAUGGGAGAACGAUUUUGAGGGAACCUCACAGUUGCUAUCGAAAGGGCUUCCACCACCCGAUGAGCCUCCACCUGUACCACCCAGAAAUCCCAUCCCGCAGAAUGAUUCCUUCAUUGUCCGUCGAAGCCCAGCUCCACGGGAUGUGAACUUGUAUACUCCUGAGGUGGAUAAGCCCAAGCUUUCCUUCGGAGAUGCUCUGAAUUAUGAUAAUUUAAAUGACUCUCUAAGCAAGCUGAAUGGGGAUUGGCCUUCACCUCAAGGAAGAAGAGCAAAUGGGGAGAAAUCGGGAAAGGCGGUGGCUCGAAGCAACACCCUUCCUCCUCAGGUUCCCCCUCGCACUUAUGUUCCAGGGCAGAAGAGCACUAGAGGCCAGCGCAGAGUAUCCGUUAAUCCGGUAUCUUUGGGGUCCAGGUCAAGUGGUUUUGGCUAUGAACUCUUUCAGGUGUCUGAAGAAAGAGAUGAGGAAGUGGCUGCUUUCUGUCACGUACUUGACUUGCUGCGAUCGGCAUACCCGUGUAGCGACAGCUCUAAAAAUGCAGGCUUUGUUUGGAGCCCAUGCGUCACGCAGGACGAACUACAGCAGGGACUGGGGGUCAGCAUUAAGGUCACGGUUAACAGUGAUCACUUCAGAGAACCACUCACCUUCUCUUGUGAUGGAUCCUCAACCAUCGACCUGCUGAUCUAUCAGACUCUCUGCUAUACCCACGAGGAUCUGGAUCUGAUUAAUGUCGAAGACUACCUGAUGAAAAUCUGCGGCCAGGCUGAGUUCUUCAAAAACAAUGAGACUCUGGUGAGCUUCGAGUACAUCCAACAGUGUCUGAAGUUCGACUGGGACAUUCGACUUAUUCUGACCAAAAGAAGUUCCAUCAACAUGGAGCUCGCUCGAACGACCGAAGAUGAUGAGACUCAAUCCACGAUGAACCAUAACCUCAUGCUCCAAGAAAGGUCAUUGAAACAGACUGUGACCAGGGAGGCCCUGAUGUUACUUCUGGAUACCUUUUAUAAUGAAGCCGAGUCUUUCGUUUUAUCAGAGUCCGAGUUGCCAUUGCAUGUGGAGCGGUUAGUUCAGUCAGUAAAGGCCCUGUGCAGCACACUAGCAGCUGUCGAGACACCUGACAUCACUGCCGCCCUAAACCAGCUGCCGGCUUGCCCCUGUAGACUACAGCCUAAAGUGCAGAAGGAUGUUAGUGUCUUGGCGAAGAAAGAAAACAGAGAAAUAAUAGUAGAAAAAUUGACCGCAGCUAUCUUGGAUCUUGUCGAGCUGUACUGUAGCACUUUCAAUGCAAACUUCCACACCAUGCCACAGAGCAGCAGAACAAUGGCCCCCAUACAGGAAGCUGGCAUGGUCAGCAACGUCCUGUCCUUCAGCGUGUACGCUGCUCAUCGCGUUCCCAUCACAUGGGCUGCCAGCUAUGAAAAUUUCUUCCUGUCGUGUUCGCUCACCCAUGGUAGUGUGGAGCUCUGUGCCCCCCAGCACACCAGUAAACAGUCGGUCAGCAAAUAUCUUUUCCACCUGGUGGUGUGGGACCAGAGAGUUUGCUUCCCCGUCCAAAUUAACCAGUUGCCCAGAGAGUCGCUGCUGACCGUGACUCUAUACGCCACCCCGCUACCACCUCCUGGAGGGGUGGAGGACAAGAGCAAGCAGAAACGCAAUAUGGAAGCUCUGGGAUGGGUCACCAUGCCCUUAUUUAACUUUAGACAUGUCCUGACGUGUGGGAGGAAGCUGCUCGGUCUUUGGCCUUCAACCCCAGGCAGUGGAAACGCUCGAUCCAGCACGCCCAACUUCAGCCAACCAGAUAGCGUCAUCCUCCAGGUGGACUUUCCCACUUCCUCAUUCGAAGUACGCUUCAGCACCCCCCCUCCUGCCGAGUUUAGUCCACAAUACGACAUCUCGCGUCUAGACCAAGUCAGCCAACGCCACCUACACGAUGUCUUGCACAAGAAGUCCCUUUUCUGGUUGUCUCCAGAGGACCGGCGUCUGCUGUGGGAGAAGCGUUAUUUCUGCCACGCGGAAGCCAGCCGGCUGCCGCUGGUUCUGGCCAGCGCACCCAGCUGGGAGUGGGCGUGUCUCCCCGACAUCUACGCCCUGCUUCGACAGUGGGGGUGCAUGAACCACCUGGAUGCCCUGGGCCUGCUGAAUGCCACGUUUCCAGAUCAGGAGUGUCGGCACACGGCCGUGCAGUGGAUGGACUCCAUCUCUGAUCCUGAGCUUUUAGACUUUCUACCUCAGUUAGUACAGGCGCUGAAGUAUGAGUGUUAUUUGGACAGUCACCUGGUGCGGUUUCUGCUGAGGAGGGCCAUAGGGGAUAUGCGAGUGGCUCACUACCUCUUCUGGCUACUGAAAGAUACUCUUCAGGACUCUCAGUUCAGCGUGAGGUAUCAGUAUCUGCUGGCGGCGUUGCUGUGCUGCUCCGGUCGUGGAUUAAGGGAGGACUUUGAUAGACAAGGCUGGCUGGUUAACAUACUGGCUAAAGUGGCCCAGCGGGUGAGAGAUGCAUCGCCUUCAUCCAGACAGGCUAUUCUCCGUGAGGGUCUUGAGGAUGUCAAACACUUCUUCACUCUGAACAGCAACUGCCGACUUCCCCUCAGCCCGGGCCUCCUUGUCAAGGGCAUCAACAUACAGUCUUGCUCCUACUUCAACUCGAAUGCGGUUCCCCUGAAGCUCUCAUUUCAGAACCAGGAUUCUCUGGGGGACAACAUCAAUGUCAUCUUUAAGUCGGGCGAUGACCUCCGGCAGGACAUGCUGACCCUGCAGAUCAUACGGAUCAUGAAUAAGAUCUGGAUCCAGGAGGGGCUGGACAUGAGGGUGGUCAUCUUCCGUUGCUUCUCUACUGGAAGGGGCAGAGGCAUUGUAGAGAUGAUUCCCAAUGCAGAAACCCUCAGAAAGAUCCAGGUUGAGCAUGGAGUAACUGGCUCCUUUAAAGACCGUCCGUUGGCAGAUUGGUUACAGAAACACAACCCCACUGAGGAGGAGUAUGAUAAGGCUGUUGAAAACUUUAUCUACUCUUGUGCUGGUUGUUGCGUGGCUACAUACAUUCUGGGCAUCUGCGACCGACACAACGAUAACAUCAUGCUGAAAACUAGCGGACACAUGUUCCACAUUGACUUUGGCAAGUUCCUGGGGCACGCGCAGAUGUUUGGCAGCAUCAAACGGGACCGGGCACCUUUCGUAUUUACCUCUGAUAUGGCCUAUGUCAUCAAUGGAGGUGACAAGCCAUCCAGCCGUUUCCAUGAAUUUGUGGAUUUGUGUUGCGAGGCCUAUAAUCUCAUCAGGAAACAUGCACAUCUGUUUCUUAACCUUCUCGGUCUGAUGUUGUCCAGCGGGAUACCGGAGUUAUCUGAUGUGGAUGAUUUGAAAUAUGUGUAUGAUGCCCUGCGACCACAUGAGUCCGAAGCCGAUGCUACCAUGCAUUUCACCAGGCUGAUCGAGUCCAGUCUUGGCAGUGUCGCCACAAAGCUGAACUUCUUCAUCCAUAACCUGGCACAGAUGAAGUUUGCGUCCUCCGAGGAACGCCCUGUUCUCUCAUUUGCUCCACGCGUCUACACCAUGAAAACGGAUGGCAUGAUCCGCAGUCUGUUUGUUUGCAGACACAUUAAAAUCUGUACCCCAAGCAAGGGUUAUUCUUAUGUUGUGAAAGUGGAACGGGAAGGUCAACAGGGAUCAACUUUAGUCCAGAGGACCUUUGAAGAGUUCCAUGAGCUUCACAGUAAACUUCAGCUCAUCUUCCCAUCCUCAAAACUCCCCAGCUUUCCCAGCCGCUUUGGGAUUGGUCGAUCUCGAGGGGAGGCCCUGGCAGAAAGGAGGAAGGAGUCACUCAAUGGAUAUGUUUAUCAUCUGAUCCAUGCUGCUCAAGAAGUGGCCCAGUGUGAUCUGAUCUACACAUUCUUCCACCCUCUUCCAAGAGAUGAGCGGGCGGGAAGCGUGGGAACUAUUGUCAAUACUCUCCACAAUAAGCCAGCAGAUGUGUCUUGGGCUACUGUACCUGGUAAAGUGGCAGGUGAAGUGAAGCUCUCGAUUUUGUACAAGAGCGAAAAGCUUUUUAUUAUGGUGAUGCACAUUAGAGGCUUGCAAACUCUACAGGACGGAACUGAUCCAGAUCCAUACGUCAAAUUGUACCUCCUCCCUGACCCUCAGAAAACUAGCAAGAGGAAGACCAAGGCAGCCCGCCGUACAUGCAACCCCACUUAUAAUGAGAUGCUGGUGUACGAUAAAAUACCACACGGGGACUUGCAGCAGAGAACCAUUCACCUGCGAGUACUGAGUGAGGGAGCAUUCUGGGAAAAUACCUUGCUGGGCGAAACCAUCAUUCCCUUAAAAGACAUCAUACCAGGUCAUCGCUGGGUGGAUUGGCACCAGCUGAGCUCUACGGGCUCUGACAUAAACCGCUAACAGAGAAUACUCAAAACUGGCAUGCACUUGUGUCGACAACUAUUGGAAGUGAAGAGUUUCACUGAUGUCCAUCGCGUGCAUGUGUUUGUGUCCAUCUUUGCCGAUGGGUCGGGAAGUUGAAGAUACCCAGUAGCUCAGAAGGCUGUUUCCCCCAGUGGGGGUGUUUGAGAGUUUUUUUGAUUCUCCUACCCAGGAGACGUGUAGACUCUGUGAUGAAGCAGCAUCACCUUAUACUGUUCUAGUGGGGUUUUGUGCACCAUGUUUAUCUGACCUUGGAUUACAGAAAGAGGUUCUUGCUAACAAGAUGAGACAAAAACCAAGGGGUGGGGGAUCUGUUUGAGGUCUGCUGUCCAUAUCCUUUGCUGUCCGGAAACGUUAAAAUUUAAGUUAUUUUCUUUUUAAGAUGUUUCUUUAUUGCUGCUCAAAUUUGAGCUAUUCUGUGUCUUGUGACAUUGGUUAUGUCUUUUUGUAUCAGAUUUACAUUGUAAUUAAUAAUGAGUGACUGCUUUCAUAUUGUAAAAUGACAGGUAAGUGUUCAUUGCUUGUAACUCUUACCUGAUAAAAUGGAAAAACACUCAGAUGGUGGUUUGAAAACCAAAUGUCUGAUUUGGGCAACUUGCUUUAACCAGUUGCAGUGGUCAUUUCAAAACAAAACCGAGUGAAUGCAGAUUUUUGGCUUGGUGUAAAAUGGGUGAUAACAUGAAAACAAACCCAAUGAUGAAGUGCAUGUACACUGUAGGCUAACGAACAAAAGAAACGAACCCUGAAGAAUCAGGAUUGUUAUUUUCUUUUUAUAGGUCUUUCAUUUCUUGAAGAUAUGAUGUCACAAAAGGUUUUGAAGGACUUGACCUUGGGGUCAUUGAUUUAUGUCUGACUGGUAUAUAAGCAUAAUCGACAAGAAACUUUCUAUUUGAAAAUGGUUGAUUUGCAUGCUGUGAAAUACUACUGGAUAAAUAUUGCUUUUUUUGCAUUUGUUUGUCAAGUACAUUGACUUCACAUUUUUCCAAGUUUUAUUGGUUGAUUUAAAUUUUUUCUUGGUUGCAUUAAAAGGGAGUAAAAUGAAAGCUUCGACUAGUAAGUCUGUCAGUAUUUCCAUUCCUCCUUUUAAUGUCAAAUGGCAUGUAAAUUUUAUGCUAAAUGUACAACAAUAGUUUCUCUUUCCCUGGGAACCCAGUGUGAAGAUUUUAAAUUCUGAAUUGCUUUACUUUGCACUAAGUUUUAUUUUUUUAGAAGAAAUUGCUAAAUUCGAGAAAUAAAAAGCUAAUGGUAUAUUUAAUGGAAUAAUGGAGAGAUUGGAAAAUGUCUCCAAUACACAUAAGUGUCCAGUUUAACCAAGUGGCAUCGUUUUGUGCAGCUUUUGCCUUUGAAAAGUACAUCAGGGCAGGAUCCUAUUAAACUCUUUGAUUAAAUUCUUUAAGUGACCUACAAAGUGAAACCCUUUAUGCCAAUGUGCUCUAACAAUCCAUUAGCCUUAAGCAAGGUGUAGUAUCAUCCAGAUCAAAGGAGUGUUCUAAACCUUUUUCUAACAAGACAAACCAGCUCCAUUCAGUGAUGCUUAAAUAGAGAUUUGAAUGACUUGUUACAUGACGGUUUCCUUUCAGUUUCAGUCAUGCAUGUACCAUUCCAUGCAGUCCAAUAAUAGAAAAUUAUUUUUGGAAAGGUAUGUUUGUCAAUGUGCAGAAGAGUGUGGGUUUGGAAGUAUGGAACUUUUAGAACAUCUGUGUCCCUAAUUUGAAUAUUGAAAGAGAAUGUAAGUGUAAACCCAAUAUGCUAAGAAUAUAAUUUUGAUGCGAGUUAUGGAUAUAAAGGAGCUUUAUCCCACUUCUUUCAUUUUAAGAAAAAAAUGUAAAGUGUUCUGUCUAGUUUUAAAAUGUGUUUUUUUUUACUUUAUUUGCACUUAAUAAAUGCACAGGAAAACUUA